UGACUGGCAGCUGGCCGGCGAUGGAUUACAAAAGGGCCCCGCAGGCAGACACCAGGAUCUGUCCCUAACUUAUUAGUAUGACGGGCGUGAACCGGGGAAUUAAUUAUUGCGCAGUUGUUGGUUGGCGAUGGCGCAAGACUCGGCGUCGUCAGAAGAACGCCAAAGACCGGCCUUGCUGCCGCAGCGUGGAUAUUAAUAUUGACAUCUUCCAUCCUCUGUCUCCGCUGCUACGAACAAAACAACCCCCCGAGACCUGGAAUAUAUCUACAUCGCAUCCCACUGCAGCCGUCAUAUCCUCUUCCCGCAUCUGGUCCCAGCACAGAACACCACAGAGCACCACGCCUUUCCCCGCCAUGAAGGCAUACUGGUACGACAACGAAGAGGGCGACCAACGCCUCGCCCACGACUCAGGCCGCCCCGUCCCCGAAUCCUACCUCGCCAACCUCGGCGUCCUAUACUACCACUGCCCCGAGUUGUCACAAGUAGACAAAAUCGCCCAAGACAGGCACUACAAGAACCGCGACGAAAUCACUGUCUCCCCACAAGCCAUGGGCGACGUCUACGAAGAUAAAGUCAAGAUGUUUUUCCACGAACAUCUACAUGAAGACGAGGAGAUUCGAUACAUUCGUGACGGGGCGGGUUAUUUUGACGUCCGGAGCAAAGAAGACGGUUGGGUACGCAUUAGACUCGAAAAGGACGACUUGAUUAUCCUCCCGGCGGGGAUUUACCAUCGGUUUACGACGGAUGAGAAUAACUAUAUCAAGGCUAUGCGCUUGUUCCAGGACGAACCGAAAUGGACGCCGUUGAACCGGGGCCCCGAGACUGAUGUCAAUGUCCAUCGCCAGCAAUAUCUGCAGCAGACGGGCGCGGCGGCCGGCGCUGCGCCCAUCUCAGUGGCUUGAUAGAUACCAGAAAGAGCUGUGCUGCUUCUUAUAUAAUUCUGGAAUGUGAAUUGAUGUCGUGAUGAAAUGAACAUUGAUGCGGAUAUAUCUACAAAUGACACUCCUCCCUCCAGAAACAUGGUCGGUUCGUGUCUUGAUCCAAUGCCAUCCGGUCCACUUGCAAGUGUCCUGGACCUCGAACUCCUUUGCACUAAGGGCAUCAAGGCUCAAGAUUUACUUCCUGCAGCGAAAGUGUCGGAAAAUGGAUCUCGCCAGCACCGGACCAUACGUCUAUUAUAGUGCAAAUUGCUUCGGUAGCGGCCGUCAGGGCUCCUAGAACUCUGUCCAUUGACUUAGCAUCGGACUGUACACCCCCAGCGCGCGGGGCGCACUCAUGUUCGGUGGAAUCGGAGACGCACGACUUUUCCAAUAGCAUCGUUCCGGGUCCAAGGUACCGGCAUAUCCUGGCCGUCUUGCGUGAGAAUCACUGCAUAUACACUCAGCCUGCCGAGGCACUCUGAUGCCGCGAUAACCUGAGCAGCGUCGAAGAACAAACAAACAAGGCUCCCCCGCCACUGCUGCCAUGAAAUAUAUGCCCAUAGCUCUCGUAAUUUCGAUGGUGGCGCUGUUGCCGCCAAAAGUUCGGAGUCAGGCAUGUGGUACAGGCAGAACUCACGUAGCUGGAGGAUCUCAGAGCAUAUAACGCAAUAUGCG